GUUAGGGAUAACAGAGAUUAUAAGUUUCUUCUUCAAUUUCUGAUCUUUCAUCAAGAAGGAGCAUCUGAUUGAGAGAUAUUGGCCGAUCGUGAAUCAAUUGCUGGAGUCUAAAUUUUCAAGGCUGUUGACCGUAGCGAGCUUCCCACUACAGACACAAUCGGCUAUCUCAACAUUCCAGGGUGAUGGAGUACGAAUUGAACGAAGCAGAAAUUGUGUUGCCUUCUCACCUCAGCUUCAAGAAGAUUCAGAUAUAUGAAAAGUAUCCGAAAGGUCAAGCGAGGAAUAGACACUGGAAAAAUCUCAAGCAGAUAAUUCGAGAUGAUAGUGUCCGGAUUCAGCAUCCAGAUGAGCCUAAUUAUGUGAAUAUAGCAACACCACCUUCUAUGCAUCCGGUCAAAAGAAUAUGUGAUAUUACUGGUUAUGAGGCUCCCUAUUAUGAUCCGAGGACAAACCUUAGAUAUGCGAAUACAGAGGUGUUCAAGCAGAUAAGAGCGCUUCCUAAUGAGUAUGUUCAGCGUUACCUGGCUCUCAGAAAUGCUGCAGUUGUUCUCAAGUAAACAAUUUCUUACUGUACAGUUAAUGUUAAUUCUCAAUGCAUCAGAUAGAUAGAUAGAUGUCAUCAUUCGUGUAAGUAAAUGAUUUCUUCGAUGGAAAAUCAUCUGCUAGAAACAUUAAUGCCAACUAUCGAGCCAUUUUGCUUUCGUUUCA